AUGGCGGGAUAUUUCGCGACGGCCCUAAGAUGUCCUCGUCGAGCUUACCCCCUUAUCCCGGGUGGCCAUUUUGCCCCGAGAAUGUUGGAGUGGAUGGAGGACCAGCCUAGACUGGCUGCCUCAAUCCGCAAAUCCAUAUCCGACGUGACUACAGGUGACACCACCUUUUGCAAGAGUUCAGUUCUGAAUUAUAAUUAUCCUGGCUACCUCUUUCUCUCUCUCCCUCUUAUUACCUUAAAGUUUGCAUUCAAGAUGGUAUUUAUUAAGAUGUUAGUAAUAGGAUACUUAAUUAUCUACCCUAGUAAAGUCUACUACUGUGCCCCUAGUUGCCUAAAGGCCAAGUAUAAGAAGCUUCUUAAUAAGCUAGAGCUGCCUGCUCUCCCCCUAAAGAAAGAUAGCACUAUCCACAUGACCAACAUGCAUAAGAUAACUAAGGAAAUGGGUGUAGUAGUUCCAUAUGCAGCCUGCAAGGCCAAGUUAAAGAGUAAAGAGUGCUGUUCCUCAAAGAGUAAGGAGUGGUGUAAGAACUUUAACUACUUUACUAAGGAGGAUGAUGAUAAUAAGGCUAAAGAAGUAGAUAAGGAGAGUAAAGAAGAGAGUAAGGAGGAGGAAGAAUAUACUAAUAGUAAUUAG